UAUAAUCUGGACUGAACGGCAGCAGCUGCGUUGCUCCAGAGGAUGCAAUAAGAAGUUGGGAGCGGGAAAUACAGCCCGUAAUCCUUCCCUGCCUACCCUUCCUACUGCUGACCACGUGAACAUGAAGGCUGUUUCCCUCCAGAUCCUGUUUGUGCUGAGGGUCUUGUGCCUGGUGAGCCUGGCUGGAGGGCAACCCAAAGCACCUCUGAAGUGUUCCAAGGAGUGUCACGUUUUUUCACCCGAGGUAGCGGCGAAGCGGAUAAGGAGCUACCGCCGGACCGAAGCCCGCUGCCCCAGACAAGCCAUCAUCUUUAUUACUCUGAAGUCCAUAGAGAUUUGUGCAGAUCCAAAGGCAAAGUGGGUGAUGAAGAUUGUAGAGAAACUGGACCAGAAAAAGGCUGCAGCCUCCCCACUUCCACAUGAUGCCACCUUAGCAGCGGCACCGGGAGAGCCUGGUGGUUUUCAGAAACACAUUGGUCUUAGAGUAACCACUCCAUCUCAAGCCACUGCUCCAACUAGUUUCUUCCAAGAGACUGGCACAGCGGUUUUGGAGAGAACACGUGUUCCUGCUGCCAGAACAGAGGUGUCCAGCAAGUCCCCACCAGCCACGCAGGACACCACUCAGCUCCCUGCAGGAUUGUCCCCCGUGAUAGGGGAAGGUGCUGCCCUCUCUGACAUCACUCCAGAAGCAAGCAGAGAUUCCUUAAAAUCUCUUUCACCUUCAGCUACUUUUGCAGCAGGUAUGAUCUCCAGCCAGCCUACCCCAUAUCCCACGGCUCUUGUGCAUGGCUCCGACAACGCCGGAGGAUCUACAGAAGAACCUGUAGGACAUACUGCAAAUGCUACGGCCAGUGCUCAAGACAUGACUUCUCCUAGCUCAAAUUCAGGCCCCAUGGACAUUAUAAAAGGACCAGACCAUCCUGUACUUUCUACACAUGAAUCUCUGGGCCCUACAAGUGCAAGAGCCAACACUCCAAACACUACUUCUAACAGAUUUAGUUCAGAUCUCUCCAUCCUGGGCAGCACGGAGGUCACCACCGUCCCAGCCACACCACCUCCUCCAGAGACCGCCUCAGUUUCUGCUCUAAACUCCACAACCGCCAUAGACAAAGGUCCUUCUGUCCAUACCAACAAGGUUGUCCAUCCCUUUGUAGAUGCUUUUGAUACCAGAACAUUUGAUUAUUCAUCACCUGUAGGAAAGCAAGAGCCUUCAGAUACAUUAGUUUCUAUUAGUCAAGCAUUCUCAGGCCAAGCCAGAAUGCAGAUGACUACAGAAAGACCAACCAAUCUGCCUCUUCCCAGCUUCUUGUCAAGAUCUCAAAUACACUUCAUCAUCCCAGUUUCUGUGGUAGGCGGUCUGAUGGUUUGCAGUGUUGUUGUCGUAUGGCUAUAUCUAAAAUUUGGAGUCAAAAUAGAAGAUACGUCAAGAGAAAUGGUACAGGGCUUGCUCUACCAGAAGGAGGGACAUCAAAACAAUGUCUAUCAAAUGGAAGUAAUCUGAAUGCGUUAUGGCUUGGACAUUUCUGGCCUACACUACAUGUGUGUUGCUGCAGGAAAACUGAGUUUAUGCUGAACUGGUGACCAGUAGGAAGCAAGGCAGGGCAAAAAAAUACCAGAGAGAACUGACUUUUUUGCAGAGCAGAAUGUCCAAAAAUAUAUCUAAUUCGUCACCAACCAAUGAUGGUAUUUUGGAAAUAAAUGAGACACUUUUUUCUUCUGGCACUGUUAUGCACAAAGGCUAUCGCUGUUUUAGAGCUGCUUGGUGCCUCUUUGCCAGGCGGUGGGCAGCAGUGAAUUUCCAAACUGCUCUUGGGAAUUUUUCUGCAUUUCAUCAUGGUCCAGCAGAGAAGCCACCCACUCGCCCACGCUGCUGGACUCAGGCUCAGCCCACCUUGAGCAAUCUUAACGCUGAAGCUACACAAUUUGCACUUGACAAACUCUGCUGCUUCUUUCUUUCACUUCAGGUUGCUGCUUGGUCAGACCACGACCGAUGCUGGUGGUCAGCUGGGUGCUGGCUGAUCGAGUACCCCUUUUACUCUUGCUGGAGACACGCGGGGCAGUCUAGCUUUUCAGAGAUCGAUGACAAAAACUGCAUCUGAUUAGGGAACUGAAGGUCAGUGCCACAGACCUUAUGUUCAGAGGAGCUGGCAACCCACAAUCUGCCUCCUCCUUGAAACCAGGCCACCUUUCUCUCCAACAGCUGUGGGCAUUUCUUCUGGCAGAUUUAGUCUGAGUCCUGGUUCUUGGCAAAUCAACUGCAAUAAAACCCUUCUGCCAGCUGCUGCGCCCUGUGUCCAGCUGCAUCCAACGCCAGGGCAGGAUAAUGUGGAUGAACCUUUGCAAAUGGGAGAAAACAAGAAGUCACCCAGUAGUUUUGCUGUUGCUGUGAUAACUUUGGAGGGAUUUUUGCUGUUCUCUGCAAGCACAGAACCCAGGAAAUACUCUCUUGGAGGAGUUGUGUGCAGGUCUGGGUUUAGUCAUAUAGGAAUUACUCCACCACAGCAGACAUACCAUUCUUCCAGCCCCAUAUUUUCUCUAGCAAUAAACACAUUUACUGAUCCACAAAAAAAAAGCACAAAAUGCCUGCUCGUGGUCCUACACUUCAGCUGCAUUUAAGUUUUUCUUUUUUGGAUAGCACCCAUCACCAGACUAUUAAAGCAUCGUGACAGUACCAAGCUUUUUUUAAACCCAGAUUGGGUUUGAUUUUUUACAUGUCUAGAUGUUGCUGUAUGUAAGCCUUAUCUUUUAUCUGUGGUCAGUUCCUGAAAGCCAGUAUUGAACAUUGCCUCCAGUAUGAUUUUUUCUGGGGCAUGCAAAGGUCUUCGUGAGAUGAUGCUUUGCAGAUAGAGAUACAUACCAAGGGUCAGAUCCUCCUCUAACCAACCUCAGUGGAUCAGAUCCCAAAGUAUAAAUAUGCAUGUAGAAAAAAAAGAGAGCAAAGCCAUAUAAUAAGCAAGAUAAAGUAAAAAUGAUGGGUCAGCUCUAAAGCAGAGCUAGAGGAAGGCAGCUUAUUGGGUCCAUCAGAUUGCACCUUCAGGGCACCCAUCCAGCCCUGGAGGUGGAGAAGAUAGACUGUGAUGGUGUCUGUGUUCUGCCAUCAUUCGAUCCCUUAUUUCUCCAUUUUGCUGACUUGAGAGAGGGGAGCCAGGGAUUCGUCUCAGGUUUUGCAAGUACAGAAUGCAAUCAGAUUAAUUGUAAUUAGGAAUUUGGGGUGAAACCCCAGCUUGGGCAGCAGCACUCCCGUGCAGCCCAGCUGUGUAACUCUGGCUGGGGUUGAUUUACCUGGAGGGUAAAUCAGAGACGCCUCCCCAUCUGCCCCACUCGUGCACGGCUGGGGUUCGUGGCCUCACAGCUCGUGAGCCAGUGUACUGUGGUAUUAUUUUUAUCCGAAGCACUAGAAAUGUUAUUUUUGUAGUAAAAUUUUGUAGCCAUUUAAAUGUAUGCAAUGUCUUGUCCUUGCUCCGGAAGCACUGUGGAGUCGAGACCUUCCUGGGAACAUUGGAAACCACUGUGCCUUGUCUAUUUUUUUGCUGGUCUUGGAUGGUUUCUGCAUGUCCACGGGAGCUGGGUCGCUCUCCGGGCACCACAGCAAAAUGGAGCAGGCACUUGUCUUCCCUGGCCGUGGGUGAAGUCCUUGGCUUGGAGCGAUGCUGGGGAGGGGAAUGUGCACCAGACAGAUCUGAUCACUUCGAAUCCCACCACGCUCUUUUUAAGGACACCGGUUUCAGCUCCCGCAGCCGGCUCCCAGCUGCCGUGCCCACCGCACUGGCACUCACGGGGAGGAGCUGCUCCUCCAGCCUGGCCCCGUCCUCCUGCUCGCCUCGCUCCCCUCUCCUCUUCCCAGGCUGUUAGCAGCCAGGACGCUGGCACCCCUCAUGGGGGGGCAGUUCAAACCCAGGGCAGGGGGGCACCGCCGCGCCUCCUUGCUUUGCGCUGUGCGAGGGGCCAACUGGGAGGUGACGGGGCCUGUGGGUGUCACCGGUUCCUGGGGCUUAAAAUGUCAUUUGCUGCAGAGCGCCGUGGCUGUUGCAAGUCACUGAUUCAUUCGUGUACCGAGUAUAUAUGAGUUGAGUGUAUGAGAUAUAUAUUCUGUAUUUUUUUUUUUUUUUUAGAGGUAACUGUAAUAAAGUCCUUAUGUUAAAAA